UCCCAACUCUCGCGAUAGCUUGCCACUGCCUGCGCGCUGUUCGGGAAGAAUGGCCACCCUCGCAUCACUGGCCGGAACCGAGCUCGGCACGAGAGGCACGCCAGGCCGCUUUAGCUGACCGGGGCGAGCGUCAAUCAGCGGGCACCCCUCCUACCCGGUGCCCGGAACGGAUGGGUAGAGGGGAGGCCGACAGGAAAGCGACGAGAUUCGGGAAGGGAGAAGAGCUAACGCGACACCUCGGUAGGCUAACCGCGCUAGCUGGCCGCUUGUCACUACCGGGUCGGGCAGGGGGGCGACAAGCCCGGGGCAGCCGAGGCAAUUGCGUGACGAGCGGGGCGUUUUUCACCCAAGAGUCGCAGACUCCAAAGUGGACAUGAGCGGACCUGGACAGGACAGCGAACCGGAGGCCAAAGUCCUUCUCAUCAAGCGCUUGUACAGGGCGGUGGUGGAGUCGGUGCACAAGCUGGACGUCAUCAUCGGCGGCAAGGCGUCAUACAGGGAGGUCUUCAAGCCGGAGAACAUCAGCCUGCGCAACAAGCUGAGGGAGCUUUGCGUCAAACUGAUGUUCCUCCACCCCGUGGACUACGGCCGCAAGGCUGAGGAGUUGCUCUGGAGGAAAGUUUACUACGAAGUCAUCCAGGUCAUCAAGACGAACAAGAAGCACAUCCACAGCCGCAGCGUUCUGGAGUGCGCCUACCGCACGCAUCUGAUCGCCGGCGUGGGCUUCUACCAGCACCUGCUGCUCUACGUCCAGUCGCACUACCAGCUGGAGCUGCAGGACUGCAUCGACUGGACGCACGUCACCGACCCGCUCAUCGGCCGGAAGAAGGCGGUGUCGGCCUCCCCCAAGGAAAUGGAGUGGGCGCAGAUGGCCUGUCACCGCUGCCUGGUCUACCUCGGAGAUCUCGCGCGCUACCAGAACGAGCUCGCCGGUGUGGAGGCCGAGCAUCUGGCCGAGAGGUUCUACCACCAGGCGCUAUCCGUCAUGCCGCACAUGGGAAUGCCUUUCAACCAACUGGGGACGCUGGCCGGAGGCAAGUUCUACAACGUGGAAGCAACGUACUAUUACCUUCGCUGUAUCCAAUCGGAGAGCCCCUUCGAGGGCGCCUACGGCAACCUGAAGCGCCUCUUUGACAAAGCCGCCAAGAUGUACCAGCAGGUGAAGAAGCAGGAGAUGAAGAAGCUGUCACCGUCUCGACAGAGAUACAGAGACAUCAAGCGUCUCCUGGUGAGCUUCAUGUACCUGACGAGUCUGCUGCAGCCCAAGAACAGCCUGAUGGAGUCAGAGUUGACCUCGCUGUGCCAGUCGGUGCUGGAGGACUUCAACCUGGUGCUCUUCUACUUGCCGCCGCACGGCCACAAUGCCGCCGUUCGCCACUCCCUCAGCGAGGAGGAUGACGAGCAGCAGCAGCACGCCGCCGACGGCUCCUGUGCGGUGCUGCCAGACACGCUCGUGUUCAAGAUGGUGGUGACGUGCCUCAUGGUGGUGCACAGCCUUAAGAGAGGAGGCUCAAAGCAGUACAGCGCGUCCAUCGCUUUUACGCUGGCGCUCUUCUCGCACCUGGUGAACCACGUGAACAUCCGGCUGCAGGCUGAACUGGAGGAGGCGGAGAGCCAGGUGCCGCCGCUCAACACGGACGCCACAGAUGACGUGGGCGUGAAGGACACGGACGGCCCGAGCGAGCGACCUCUGCAGAACGGCUCCCUGGAGCGAGAGGAAGAGGAGGAGGAGCACGCCAUCGUGAAGAGCUGCGUCAAGGAAGAGCAUAAGUCGGGCGAAGACAAACAGAAGCAGCAGAGGAAGUACGCCCGCCUGUCACGCCUGCGCAGACGCCGCAAAGACCGCGGCGGUGAGGACGAGAGUGACCUGAGCGAGGGCUUUGAGAGCGAAGAUGAUGAAGGCGAGGAGGAGGACGUGGGCCCCCGCGGCGAGAUCGCCCCGCUUCCCCCGGUUGCCCCCCAGCCCGCCGCGGCACCGAAUCUGGCCGCCCUCCGGAAGGAGACGAAGGAGGCCUGCUGGGGGAGCGGCUCCGAGGAGGAGGAAGAGGAGGGCGGCACGGCAUUCGACGUGGAGACGGACUCCGAUAUGAACAGCCAGGAGUCCCGCUCGGACCUGGAGGACAUGGACGAGGCGGAAAACUGCGAGCACCAACAGACUCCGAUCCGGGAGCGGCGGGACGGUGAAGAUGAGGAAGCCAAGGAGGAAGGCGACCAAACGCCCCCCGCCGCCAACGGGCCUCUGGGGGCCAGCGACGCCAGCAUCAGCAGCAACCUCCAGGCCAUGUCCUCGCAGCUCUUCCAGGCGAAACGCUGCUUUCGCCUGGCGCCCACAUUCAGCAACAUGCUGCUCAGGCCUCAAGCCGCCGCCUCGCCCUCCGCCAGGCCCCCUCCCGCUGACGACUCCGCCGCUGCUGCAUCUUCCCGGGAGACCCCUGCCGCCGCCGGUCAAUCACCCUGCGAAAUGAAUCAGAGCGCCCCCAAUGGGACCAAUGAAAAUGACUUGGACUCGGACUCGGAAGGAAGCCAGCUCAGCGCCCCGUCGGUGCACAGCGAGAAGACGCUCCUGGAGAGGCUGGAGAUCCUGACCAAUCAGGGCUUGAUCCAGGUGGUGAAGGUGUUCAUUGACUGGCUCAGGACCAACACCGACAUCAUCCUCAUGUGUGCGCAGAGUUCCCAGAGCCUCUGGAACCGCUUGUCUGUGCUCCUCAACCUGCUGCCAGAUGGAAACAAGAUGCUCGAAGCCGAGGCGGACUUGAACCCGGAGGUGACGGAGCUGCUGGGCGAGUGCGAACGUCCCGCGCUGGUCCAGACGCUGCUGCUGCCCGAGGACGUGGCGCUGAGGCACCUGCCCGCCCUCUGCGUCCCUCACCGCCGCCUCGACUUUAGCCGGCGCGGCGCCUCCCUCAGCCCGCUGCAGGAGUGCGUGGUACGCGUGUGUUGCAUUCGCAGUUUUGGCCACUUCCUCACCAGUCUCCAGGGCAACGUGCUGCACUUCAACCCGGAGGCGGGCAUCUUCACCAGCGUCAGCCAGUCGCAACCAGACGACCUGCUGCAGCAGGCCAAGGCCCAGUUCCGAAUGGCUGAAGAGGAGGCCCGGCGCAAUCGGCUGAUGCGGGACAUGGCUCAGCUUCGACUGCAGUUGGAGGUGUCGCAGCUGGAGGGCAGCCUUCGGCACCCCAAGGCGCAGUCGUCCAUGUCGCCUUACCUAGUGCCCGACGCCGCCGCCCUCUGCCAGCACUUGGGCAUCGUCCGACAUCUGGCGGGCAGCGGCUGCUUCAUCGUCAUCAUCCCGAGAACAGUGAUCGACGGGCUGGACCGACUGAAGAAGGAAAACGCCGGCGCGCGUGACGGCAUCCGCUUCCUUGAGUCUGAGUUUCGGAAAGGCAACAGGUACAUCCGCUGCCAGAAGGAGUCGGGCCGAAGUUUUGAACGAGAUAAGCUAAAACGUCAAGACCUCGACGCCUGGCAUCUGUACAAGAUGGUGGACAGCUGCCGCCAGCUCAGCGUCUCCCAGAGCAACGACGACGACACGGCCGGCAUGGUGACCCUUCUCACCGGACAUCGAGUGGACGAGCUGUGCGGCCGCUCCGCGGCCAUGAAGUCUGCCGUCCAGGCGGCGAUCUCGGCGGGCGUGGAGCUGAAGAACAUCGCCGACUUCUACCGGCAGUGGAAGGAGAUCGGCUGAGAGCGGAAAACGGAAAACGCCGCCAAUGUCGGAUCGAUCGCAACACUCGCUCCCUCUCUCGCUCUCUUUCUCUGUCUCUCUAUCUCGCUCUCGCUCUCUCUCUCUCUCUCUCUCUCUCUCUCUCUACCCCUUCCACUCUUUUUGCUCUGUGUGUAUCUGCGUCUCCCCCCAAAAAAGUCAACAUGAAGUCGGACAGAUGAAAAGAGUUGAAGCUUAUUAAGGGAGUUGAAAGACAAUAAGAGGAACACGAAAGGGCAAACGCCUUCUUCCAAAGCGGGUGACGCCAGGCUCCGCCCCCUUGCGGCGGUUCGGCGGGCCAGAGUGCCGCGACGCCAAGCUAACUGGCUCGCUCGCUGGCGCGCCGCUUCCUUCCCGGCCGGGAGCGCACUCCGUAUGUUCGGAGAGAGAGAAGACGCACACACACUCGCACACAUACACAGAUGAAUUGAAGUCAAUUAGUGUUCCCUCCCUCACGUUGUUUUUGGCAGGAGGGCGAGUGACGAGCAUCUUUCCAAUCCAGAGAGAGAGAAAAGCACAACCCCACUGCAAAAAUGAGCGCCAGGCUGCGGUGGUGGCCCGGCAGGAAAUUAAACCAAAAAAAAAUUCGAAAAACAAACAAAAAAAAAAAGAGCUCCUGGAGGGUUGUUCAAGAGGUAUACUUCUCUUGUCCUUUUUGUUUUUUUGUGCUGUUACUUUUUGUGACCAGCCUCUUAACAAUAUUCACUUGAUGUUUGCGGCCUGAUUUGGCUUUGGGCUGAAAUUUUCAGGAUGAAGCUCAAAUGUAUAUAAAUGUAAAUCAUCUUUACAGGUAACUUCAUUUGACCUUGUGUGAACUUUGGAACGCACAUCUCCAACGUCCGCUUGUAUGCCUUUCUGUGACUCUUCCAGUCUGUAAUGUAGCAACCUGCUGAUGGCGCUCGUCCUCAUGUUGGGAGAGGGAAGAGGCCGCUGAGCUUUGAGCAUCAUUAGCGGGUUGCAACAGAGACCGAAAGAGUCACAGAAAGGCAGACAAAUGGACGUCCUUGGGAAUCUUCAUGGAUCAAACGCCUGUUGUGAAUUUUGCCAUAAUGAUCCAGCCAGUUGUGCGAAAAGUACUGCAUGCCAGAAAUAGUUUCUCCUCCAAAAAUAAUUUCAUUGUUCUAGGAAAAAAAAAAUCAAACUGACAUCAAUUCCAAUUAUUGUUCUUAAGUACUUUUUCCCUCUAAAACAUUCAACUUCAUUCUUGAAAAAAAAUGUAACGUUACUUCAAAAUGUUUUCCUCAAAAAUGGAACUUUUGUUCUUGGACAAAUGAUCCACAUUCUUCUCAAAAUGAGCCACCUUUAUUUUCAUAGGGAUCAUUCUUUCUAGUUGGAAAAACAACUUUUCUCUCUCAAUAUAAUAAAGAUUUCAAGUUUACGCAAGGUCAAAUUAAGGUGACCAGUUGUAAAGGUUUUUGUGCAUUUUAGGUGCGUCCAGAGAUACAAUAUCCAGAUUUUGUUUGUUCUGUGCUCUUGAGAAAAAGCAAACGGCAACCCUGUGAUGAAGCUCAUUUGGGUUUUAUUUUUGUACCCAAACAAUAAUGGUGUUAAUUAUGCUUUAUUUUUUUUUUUUUUUAAAUGCAAGAAUGUCUAUGGGAAAGCCAGUUUAUUUAUCAAGGUGUCAUUUUGUGGGGCGAAAAACAAAUAAUGGGUUUUGUAACCUCCAAGAAAGGUUUGAAAUGUCUCCCGUCUACAUGAUGACUGUCUCCAUAUCCACGGUGAGCGUCCCGUCGUAUACAACAAGACAAGCGGCAUACGUGCGUUGAACAAUUAAAACAAAGAUCAUUGAAAUGA